GAGUUUUAGCACUGCAACAGACGAAGCUCAUUCGAAGCCCACCAAAAAGCAUUUGGCCGUUGUUCCACGAAGUCAACAAAGAGAGACAGCAGCAGCAGCAACGAUCGAGGAGGGCGCCGCUGCAGUCGGACAAGUCUGCUCAGUUGGUCGCUGAAAAUCGACAUCGCGAGACGUACCGAGUUGGAAUACAUUCGUUUCGACGGCGGCGACGCGUCCGCUCGUUGCAGUGGCGCAUUCAUUUUUUUUUUCGUUUUGAUUGAUUGCGAUUAUGAACGAGACCUUAAAACUGUCCGGACUCGGAAUGCAGCGCACCAAUAUCGAGCUCGAGCGGCAGAGGCAUCUGGCCAACUGGCUGAUGAACAGUAGACCGCACAUGCCCGGCGGUCCAGCAGCAGCAUCAGCAACAACAACAUCAGCGGUAGCAGUAACAACACCCACUGCAUCGGCCACUAAGGGCGCAACAACAACAACAGCAACAACUACAAAUCCUGGCUCCACAGUGGGUGGAGCAGGCGCUGGUACAGUGGGCGGCAACGGGGUCGCAACAGCAGCAGCAGCGGGCGCACCCAGCAACAGCGUCGCAGCUGCAGCAGCAGCUGCAUGUAACGGUGGAGCAGCCGUUGGCGCCCAUCACGGCCACCAUUCGGCGGCCGGGGCGCGCAAGCCCAAACUGCGGCGCUUCAACUCCCACGACACCAGCUCGAAUAUGUUCUCGGUGGCCGAUUUCGAGAACGCCCGCCUAGCUCGCCGCAACGAGAUCGAGCUGAACCAGCGGAGGGCACGACGCGUGCGCGGCAGUGCCAACAACAGCACCUACGGCUUGGGAUCGGGCUCAGGAUUGCUGGGCGGUGCCCAUUCCGGAUACUGUGACGCACUCAAUGGCAGCGGCGAUUACUCCACCGGGGACAGCAAGGCCUCCAAGGGCAGCAGCGAAGGUGCGCUGACUGCCAUUGAGUUCCUUGAGCGGAAUUCCCUGCCACGAGUCGUUCGCAUCCUGCAUGCGAGCAAGAGCUCCAACGAGACGCUGCAGUCCAGCUCAUCGCAUGGCUCCUCCACGGCGGCAUCGAGCAGCUCCUCGACGGGAGCGAAUCCGUUUGGUUCUGGUGGCAGUGGUGGUGGAAACAUUUCCAGUGGCAACAUUGACACCGGCACCCAUUCAUCGUCCAGCGGAGGCAGCGCCACCGGAAACGGAACUGGCUCUGGUCCUGGUCUUAGUUCGGGCUCGGGUUCUGGUUCUGGUUCUGGUCACCAAAACAACAACGGUCGCCACAGCAGCAACGGUGGCACCCCACCCGGCCACGAUGAGCUUUUUCUGCUCUACAGGCUGGUGCGACAGCGCAACAUCUACCACGGACACAACGCCAAGACUCAGGCAUCGCAGCGCAAGAAAACGCUGCUCAUUCCACAGGAGUUUCCGGGUUACUUUUCGAUGCUAAGCGAGAAGGGUCUCCCCACGGCCACACAAUACGGAUCUCUGAUACAGCUGGUUCGGGAACGGGUUUACAAGUUUGUCUCAGUGGACAACAUGCCGGCGUUUACGGAAUCCUCGCCCAACAGUACGAGCAGUCCGACGCACGAGGGAUGCCUGCCCAUAAACAAGGGACGACCACAGUACGUGAAAACGACGGCAAGGGGCGGGCAGGUAUUCCGUCUGUUGGCCGUCUUCGAGGAUGGCAAACAGGAUCAGGUCAAUAUGUCGCAGCAUGGCAACGGCAAUGCGACCAGGUCCCAUGGCAGUGGAUACAUGGGACGGGAGAAGGAAAAGAACCGGUAUGCCCAGCUGCUUAAUGAAAACCGGCAGGUGUUGUACGUCCCACUGUCCACCAAGGGCAAGUUCUUCGAGAUUGAGCCGGGAAUUCCUCAGCUGCUUCAGAAACUGGGCGAUGCGCAGCGCAAGCUAAAUCCGGAGUGCGUGCAUCGUUUGAGUGCUUUGGUGACGGCGGCCAAGCAGUUACCGCUAACACUGCGCUAUAUCUCCGGUCCAGGUGGACCCGACAUUCCCGAGCACUUAUGCAUUAGUCAAGUGAGCAAGGAGGACGUGGUCGUUGGCUGUUCCAUUGAAGACGUCGAUACCCAGACACCCUUGCAGCUGAGAAAAUUCUAUCCCAGUCGGGAUAUUCAGUUGGUAAAGAGUUAUUUAGGCUUUGACUCCGAACAACGUAUGCUCGCUAACACGAAUGUGCAGAAUAUGCUCAAGUUUUGUCAAUUUAACUGCGAUCCAUUCCUGAAGCUCGUGGAGAUUGAGUUAAUUCAGCGCUCGGAACGUUCGGGAAGCAAAAAUCGAGAAGGGCUAAGAAUCCUGAAGCCACUGCAUUUUCCAAAGAUCCUGAGACGCGAGAAGAGCUCCAUGGCAGCAGCGCACGAGAAGGAGGAUUCCAUUAUUUUUCUCAGCAAAUCCGAUCUGGAGAAUCUGGAAGCCAAGGAAGCGGCAGCUUCUGCUGCAGCUCACUCGGAAUCCAGUUUGAAUCGCAUCUCUGAGCGCAUGCGUGUAUUCCAGUCUACCAAGAAGAAGUGGUUCGGAAAGCAUCAUCCGCAGCAACAGCAACCACAAGUACAGAAACAUCAAUCUGACUUAGAUCUCGAUGAGCAGGCCAAGCGAAUGAGCAUGGAGCGCUAUACGGAUAUGUCUAAGCUUCUGCAGGAGCGUUUUGGGGCGAAUCCCGAACAGCCAGAGCAGGAUGCUAUCUCCCUGAACAGCACAGCAGCGUCCGACACCGAGACAACGAUGCUGACUACCAUGGAGCCGAGGUCUCUGGACACGAUGAUGCAGAAGUCCAUGUCCCUGCAGGAUAUUGAGCUGCUCAAUGGUCAAUGCAAGCAACGACCUGAUUUGCUGGCCAGCCACAAUCACAAUGACGCCAUCAGCGAGGCAGGUACCGAGCUGGAGGAUGUGGAGAAUCAGACCCCGCCUCCACAGUCCUUCAUCACGGAGAAGCUGUACAACGAGUUUCACGUGAAGACCAGGCAGUACAGUAAGUCAUCGUCCAGUUUGCACCAGUUGCCUCUGUUUAGCUUGCCGCAAAAGUUGCAACUCCACGAGGCUGAGAAGGAGAAGCGACAUCUGAUGUUGCUAAAGGCGCAGCAACAGGCGAUGACCAAGGAACCGAUCACUGGAAGAAGGGCAGCCGGGGGAGUUUCUCUGUUGGGAGGAGGACUCAACCAACUGGCGAUAUCCCCCGCAUCGGUGGUGGAAGACGACUUGCCCUACUCCAGUGUGCGCGAUUCGCUAGUAAUUUCCGACGGGGACUGCCUGCGAUCGGAGGCCGCCAGUAGACCAGUUCCCGCUGUGGACUACACCAAGGAAAAUAUAUACGCCGAAAUCUGUCCCUCGCACACAGUGGACACCUUUUCGGGCGCCACUCAGUUCACUCAUGUGCCCGACGAUGAUGGAGAUUAUGCAUCACUCAAGUAUUCGGUCAAUGGACCACAGUCGGUCAGUCGGAUAGAGGUGAAUGGAGCUACGGCGGCGGUGAAGAGCAGCGCAAUCAGCUACCAUACCGUGUACCUGGGCGAGGAACCGCUGGGCGAGAGGCACGCUGCGCACAUCACCACCGUGGAGUUGGCCGGAGAGGAUAACAUUUACAAUACGCUCAAAUGAUGACUCAUGUGAUUCCGGCGACGUAAGUUGGCCGGCGCCAAAGGCCUGUUUUAAAUACGCCGAUGGAAAAAAGGGCAAGCAAGAGGGAAUUCAUGUUACCCAUGAUCCUACCAAGGCCAUCUUAUAGUCGUGUACUCGAAAGAAAUUGAAGUAUUCUCCAAUGAAGACUUAUCUUUUAAUUAACUCAUUGAAAAAAUACCUUACUUUACUUAUUACCAACUGAUUUUGACAGAACUUCAUUUUCAUGCCAUUGGAUUACUUUAAUUUAAACAUACAUUUUAAAGAGAAAGAGUAUUUAAUUUAUGUUUUGCUUUUAUUGUGUAUUUCUCAGUUUCAUUUUAUAACACGUGUAUAUUAACAUUGAUAAGCAAUGGACAACAAACGCUUAGAGCAUUGUAAAUUUUGUCUUAUUUAAAUAUUUAAAGAAUCUUAGUAAUAUGAGAAUGUUCGAGUACAAGACAAAGAUAAGAAUAAUUUUUAAUCAGAGAACAAUUGAAUGACACCAUUAAUUUGCUGUGAGACCUUGCUUACGAUCGGUAAAAUGUUUUGAAUAAGGCUUUUGGAGCAAUCAGCCACAAAAUCAAAUGAAUUUAUAUUUUAUCUUGCUUACAAUUUUAAGAAAUGGUUACAGCAGAAUACCAAUGUAAGAUCGUUGUCAUAUACGUGAGAGGAGCUCUCAAUUUUAAGAAGAAUACUUUUCCCUGUCUGCCCUUUGAAAAGCGGGUGUGAGAACUUAUAUUUAAUCAUCCAAUAUGGCGCUGAUGCACAAAAAACACAAUAGUAGAGAAAAUAUCUUAUUUUGCAAUAAUACAAAAUUCAAAGCGAAUGAUGUAUGGUGAAUUCAAACAGAAUUUGAAUCUGGGUCAACAAACACCCAAACGAAAGUAAAGAAAAAUCUCGAUCGUAACAUAUAAUUACACAUACAUAUAUUUGUAGAAAGUAGUAUUAGUAUAGGGAUCAAAUUUGUAAAUGAGACGUCGCUGUGGACGACGAAAAACCCCCUUGAAAUGACAACAGAAAUUGUAAUAUUAUUAUUAACCAAGUGAAGACAAGCAAUUUUGUAUUGUAAUCUACAGAUGGGUGCACCCAGUCCACGACUUUCAAUCCAUUAAAAGCCCAGAUCCCUAACCCAUACAAAAAAUACAUCAUAUUGAAACUGAACAUUUGGAAAUUGCAAUAUUAUACAAUUGUAUACAUAACUUAUAUAUAGAUAUAUAUAUACUUAUACACAUAUACUAACGUACAUACGAUAUGGAAAUCUUAGUUCAAACCUAAGGUAUUAUUAGCUCGUAGGCAAUCAACAAGUCAAAUCAAAUCAUAAGCGAUAUACAUCUAUAUAUGCAUACAUUGUAUAUUUGUAAAAUAGCAUAAACUUUUAGGGCAAAAUGCCAAACUUUUACACGAUCUCUCGUAUUUUGUCGUUCUUUUUUGGAAACCCAUUAACUUGGUUUUGUUGGGUUUACUUGUUUUACCCCCAACAACUAAACGUUAAUCAAAAGAAUCUAUUACAUCAAAGUGCGAGCAUGUCCAGCAACCAUAUUUGAAUCUGUCUAAUUGUCCGCUUCGUUCGAUGACCUCACAUAACUUUCACAUAACGUAUUUAACCUAUUAUUAAGUGACUUUAUCGCGCCAUAUAGAAGUGCAGUCUCAAAGUAGAGUUUAGACACUAAGGUCCAGUUUCUAGUCUUAAUUUCAAAACAAAUAUGAAGCCGUUUCGAAAUGAAGACAUGCCAAACUUUUACUUGUGUAAUGAAUGACUUCGGCAUGGCCCGAAGGAACCUUCAAUAUAUACACUUUCAAUUGGGUACUACAUAAAUAAAUAUUUAGACAGAACAUAAGUUAUGAAUUUUUAUUUUAUUUCAUUUGCUACCACAAUCAGUAAAUACAACCUAUUUCAGAUUCGACUGAAAGCUUAGUUCUUAUCUCCCUCAAAGACGGCAAAAUAUCAAGGUGGAAAACGAUUCAAUAAAUAAUGUAAGAAAAGCCUAGUGUUACCAAAAGAAAAACCCUGUAUAAAAAUGAAGCAAUACUCACAAAAUAGCUAUGAUACUAGUUGUAAAACCUCUCUGACAAAGCAACAAUGCGACAGCAACAGGUUCAGUCAGUGUGUGUGAUAGUAGCUAAGUAACGAGGGUACUUGCUAUCUGGAUAUCGGUGUUUUGUACAUAAAUAGGAACGAGGCGUAACCCAGCCCCAGGCAUAUUAUGCGUUAAGUGUACUAAGAGUACUCAGUGGCGGUUACUUUGCAUUUCAUAGUUGGUAGACACGUAAGACAGGCUUCGCUGAAGCACAAGGGUGAUAAAAUGUUGAAAGUGAGCGUUGACAACGCACUCAAUCUAUUUUUGCCCUCUUCAAGAUCAGCUUUGUGUUAUAAAUAGAUACAUAUGUAUAUCAUCCAUCUGUGCUUGCAGAUAAUUGAUAAAGAUAUAGCAAUAACAUAACGAGUAACCACCCGCCAGCAUAAUAAUUUAUACAACAAAAUAUUGUGAAUUAUAUUUAGAGUUUUAAAUUUUUUUUUUUGAGCAGCACAGACAAAAUAUCUAUCGGAUAUGCGAAAAUUACAUUUUAGAAAUUCAGAUGUUUUAAUCAAGGGGCAAUAACAUAACGAGUGUCUCAUGUAAUAUUUAUUUUAAACAGAGUAAAAUAUAGUCAGUACUAAAACGGAUACAUGCACGUACUUGUGCAUGUUGUGAAAAUCAAGCAUUAUCAGGAAUUUUUACGAAAUGGAUGAACAAACGAACGAUUGCACUGAAAGGGGAGUGAACUCAAGCCCCCAGAAUGCCGCCCGAACAGGCCUUUGAUAUACUUUAUUGCAGCUUAUAGUGAAGCAAUAUAAAUUUCAAUAAGAAUUUAAUGGUUUAUAAAAACGGAGGAGCGAAACGGAUGAUGUGAACUAAGUAAUCAUGUUUUUGGUGUCUAUGUUAAUCCCUAGAAAUUCACACACGAUUAAUCAAUUAGAAACUCAAUGUCAAGCAGUAGUAGAGCCCACACAGCAGCAAAUAUAGAUAAACAACUAUUUAAAAUAUAUAUUCAUAAAUUUGAAAAAUAUAACCUUGUAGCACUUUUAGAUCCCCCAACAAUGAAACAAAGACCCAACUUAAGGUAUUCACGAAAAAUGAUGAUGAUGAUGAUUUUUGGAACUGAACGCUGAUCGAUAUUUUAGAAGAGCCCUGACUGAAUUGAUAAGAUGAGAACUAAAUUGAAACGAAUCGAAUUCUAAUGAAUUGUUUGGUAAUGGGUACACGAAUACACACAUGAAAAAAAAACAAAAUAUAAGGAAAACUGAUACGAAAUAAUUGUUAUAGUAGAUCUUUUUCUAAGCGCUGACCAUGGAAAAUAAAGUAUGUAUGAGAGCAAAUCGAUGUCACUGCUUAACAGCAGCUUAGUGACCUCAGCAAGGGCAAGCUCACUUCAACAAAUUAACUCUAACUGAGGAGACCCAAUCAAGUCUAGCAUACAAAUUUAUAUUUCACGUUGUACUUAUAUUUACCUAGAUAAAAUGAAAUUGCUAACAAACACACAAAACUCCCUUUGGAAAACAUGUUUAAGCCCAUACAAGUGAAAUAAACUAAAAUAUCUUUUCAAA